UCCCUUGCCCUGCGCACAAGUUUCAUCGCCUUCACACUAAACCCAAAAUUCCGAAGUCUCUUCCUUUUUUAGGGCAAAGGGAUUCGAUUUCUGAUCUCCGAAAUUCAGAAUUCAAAAUUCAAAAUUCAAACUUUUUUUUGGGGAAAAUUUCUCGAUAGUUAUGGUGAAAUCGGCGGACGGUGUUGGGUCUUCGUCAUCUUCAGUGGCGCCGUUCCUGAGGAAAUGCUACGAGAUGGUCGAUGAUUCUUCCACUGAUUCUGUAAUCUCUUGGAGUAGUAAUGGAGAUAACAGCUUCGUUAUCUCGGACACGACCCUCUUCUCUGUUCAACUCUUGCCCAAAUACUUUAAGCACAGCAAUCUCUCUAGCUUUAUCCGUCAGCUCAAUAUCUACGGUUUUCGAAAAGUUGAUGCAGAUCGUUGGGAGUUUGCGAACGACGGGUUUGUCAGAGGUCAAAAGGAUUUACUCAAGAAUGUUAUCCGGAGGAAAAAUGUUCAAAGUAGUGACGAGAGCAAAAGCGUUUAUAAACAGGAAACUACGACUGAUGCUUCUCAGGAGAAGCCUGAGAAGAGCGGAUUGUGGAAAGAAGUUGAUGUUUUGAAAGGCGAUAAGAACGCGUUGGCGCAGGAACUGAUCAAAGUUAGGCAGUACCAAGAGAUCACAGACACUAAAAUGUUAAACUUGAAAGACAGAGUCCAAGGAAUGGAAGAGAGCCAGCAAGAGAUGCUUUCUUUUUUGGUUAUGGUUAUGCAGAAUCCAAGCCUCUUAGUUCAGUUGCUUCAGCCAAAGGAAAACAAUUGGCGAAAGGCAGAAGGAGCAACGAUUCUUGAAGAAGUUACAGACGAAGGAGAAUCGAACUCGAGAGGACUUCCUUUAGUAACAUACCACCAGACACCAUCAGAGGGAACAGCAAAGUCAAGCUCGAAGGAGAUAAACGAUUUCUUGAGAAACGCUGAUAUGUUGAAGUUUUGCCUUGAUGAGAAUCAUGUGCCGUUGAUCAUACCUGAUCUGUAUGAUGAUGGGGCUUGGGAGAAGCUUUUGUUGUUGAGCCCUUCAAAGAAGAAGAAGAAGAGCAAUGUGAAGAAAGGAGUAAAGGAUGAUGCGACAUUGGAGGUGGAGGAAGAGGAGGAGGAUGGAACAAUGGAAGUAGACAAGAGCCGUACGCUCGAGCUGAUACAAGAAGAAAUGGAGAAACAAGAUGACUUUGAAUUUGGACAGCUUACUCCAGAGAAGUCUAGGAAUCUUGAGAUUCUUACAGAGCAGAUGGGAUUGCUGGCUUCAAAUCACUAGCCCCAGAACAUUAACGAGAAAACUUGAUGGGUUUUUGAACAUAUCAACCUCAAAACUUUUGUUAUGUAACUUUUUACUAGUAAUCAACAAAGUAAGCUCUGCAAUAUUAUUUUU